UCACAGCAAAUCCAAGCAUGAAUGCAGUUUGUGUGGUUCUUGUGCUCAUUGGCAGCGUGCAGAGCAUUCAGUAUGACGUUGGGCUCGAAGGCGAAUGGAAGUCCUUUAAGGAGAUGCACGGCAAAAGCUAUGCCGGCGACAGCGAGGAGCUGCUGCGCAGGAAAAUCUUUGCGGACAACAAGAAGCUGAUCGAUACGCACAAUGCACGCUACGAAGCCGGGGAGGAGACCUACAAGAUAGGCGUAAACGAGUUCACGGAUUUGCUGCCUUCUGAAUUCGUAUCGAGGAUGUUGGGCGGCAGCCUGAAUAGCACGGCUGUGAGUGCGGAUCAUAUUUAUGCGCCAUCCGCGAACCUUAAAAUUCCGGAGAGCAUGGACUGGCGCACCAGUGGCGCGGUCAGUCCCGUCAAGAAUCAAGGAACAUGCCGCUGCUGCUGGGCCUUUGCCACAGUUGGCACUUUGGAGGGUCAGAGUUUUUUAAGGACUAAAAAAAUGGUUGAGUUCUCGGAACAGAAUCUGCUGGACUGCUCCUCUCAGGCGCCCUACAGAAAUGCCGGCUGCAAUAGCGGCACUCCGCAUGAAGCACUCAGAUAUGUUAAGGACAACCACGGCAUAGAUACGCGCAGCUCGUAUGCCUAUGAGGGUCACCAGGGCACAUGUCGUUUCCGUAAGCAGUAUGUCGGUGUCACAAUCAGAGGCAUCGCCACGGUCAGGUUUGGCGAUGAACGCGCUUUGCAAGCGGCCGUUGCCGAGAAGGGACCAAUUGCGGUGACCAUCGAUGCGCAGCAUCUGCAGUAUUACCAUUCUGGAAUUUAUAAUCGGGCCUGCGGCGGUACCGCACACUACCAUGUCAUUCUGCUGGUGGGCUACGGCAAGGACAGAGGUCACGAUUACUGGCUGCUCAAGAACUCCUGGGGCAACUGGGGCGAAGGCGGCUAUUUCCGCAUGGCCCGCAAUAGCCGCAAUCUUUGCUAUAUCGCCAACUGGCCCGUUUAUCCACUAAUCUAAUCGAUAUAUACAAAUAUUCAUUUAAAUUUAAGUUUACCAA